ACCAAUAAACUGUCAGUAAUCCCCGGCUAAUGUAGCGGGAAACUUUAUAAGCUGUAUCAUUUCAAAAACAAUGUAAACAUUAAAGGAUUUACUGUAUUUAUAUUCUAUCUCAUUCUGUAUUGUUCGUCAGUGAAUUAUGGCUCAUAGACUGACUAAAGAGGAGCUGGAUCAACAGUUCGAGCAAUUCAUGAAAGAGUCUGUCUCUGAUGACUCUGUUGAUUUGGGCUCCAGCACCAAGCACUCCAGUGUCCUUGACAGCUUGGGAAAAGCACCUGUCAGGCCAGUGAAGAAGGCUUCUGUGUCUGUGCCGUGGUGGCAGGAUGAUGAUUACAGUGAAGAGGGAACAGGGAUGUCGUCAACCGGAAAAUCCUUCAUGAAGUCAAUGAGAAAGACUCCGUCGAUUAAGGAGGUGGAUGAAGAGCAGUUGAAUGAUCUGUUCUUGGAGGAUGAAAGGAAUAGAGACCUAGUAAUCUUUAGCAGAGACAGUCUUGAGCCUGAAGUACCAACUGCAGGUGCUCUUCAGCUGGACCUGUUGGAUGAGGAUGACAAUGCCAGGUUUUUAUCCAAUCUGAAGAAAGAAUCCUCAUCCUCCAUCGACUAUUCCAGACUGAAUCAAGAACAGGAGCCAUCCACCCCCACCAGCCCACAAAGGAGAGAAGAAAUGGAUUUAACAAAUGAAGAAGAACCAAGGGGAAAAAAAGACACUGCUGCAUCUCCUGCAUAUAGUGAAGAUUUUGAGGAAGAGGCAAGUGAGAAAAGUGACGAGGGGCUUCAAGAGAAGAAACCUGAAAGACAUGGGAUGCUGGCCAAAGUGUCACUACAUGACUCUCUAAAUUCUACGGAUGGAGCAUUGCCUCCUGCAGUUCCCAGUUUGGAAGCUGAAAAAGAAAAAUGUCCAGACACCAAACAAGCAGUGAGGACAGCACUGGAACCUGCAGUCCAAUCAUACGGUCAGAGUGGAGGGAGUGAGAUAGAGGCGCUGCAGGAGGCGUACAGGCAGAUCAACAGCUCAGCGGGGGAGUGUGAGGACGGACGAGCCGAGGCCGGCAGGACUCCCCUCUCUCUCUCUUCACUCCAACCUGUCUCCACGGUGGAGUCAGAUUUACCCACUGCUGAGGAACUGAUGCGGCCAAUUGGACCAGACUCUGUUUUCACGCGUGGUUUCUCUCUCCAGCCUAUAAGUGAGGCUGUGCCUCCAGGCAGCAAAAAUCAUAGUCCAUUAAGGAUAUCUUCAGAUGACAGCCCUUUCAGUUCCACUAAUGAGGGCUGUGGAGGGGGUAAUAAAGCUAGUCUUACAGGAGAGGAACAUCCAGCCUCCCUUCAGUACACUCAGAAGAGCAUCGCUGAGGAGAUCAAACGGCUGAUGCAGGAACAGGACAGCUCCUCUGUGGAACCUCCUCCUGUUAAACCCAAGAAACGGCAGGUUCCUGCCAGAACCAAUUCAUUUGCAUCUGCGUCUUCUAGAAAAACUCCUGUUCCAUCAACAAGGGCCAAAAAACCUGAGAGCAGGCUGUUACCCAGAGGGCCUGCAACCAGCAGAACCGGCCAAGCUGCUAAACCUCCGUCUCCACUAACACAGAGGAAAGCUCAGAACCAGACCCCCAAAAAACCUCCCAAUCUCAGUCAAACACAAACAAUCAAAGGUUUAGACACGAGUUUAAGGCUAAGCAGUGAACUGGUCACAUCCGUGCAGUCCUUUGCUACAUUUCUACAGCAUCAGGUUGAAGCCAGCAGGAUCACACCAGAAGCAGUGACAGGACGUGAGGUGAUGCAAGAGCCCUUUCAGCAGGAGCGCUUAUCACUGGAGCGUUUCUGUCUUCAGCUCGCCCAAAAAGAGAGAGAGCUCCAUCUGAGGGAAACCCAGUUACAAGAGGAGCACAAGCAAGAGCUGGCAGAACUCAGACAGGAGAACUAUACGUUACAGAGCAAGCUACACCGUGCCGAGGAGGCAAGUAACAGACGAAAGUGGAGUUUUGGUGAAGCUUCAGACCCUGUAACUGAAGAGAAACUCAAGCUCAUAGAGAAAGAGAUGAAGGAACAGGAGACUCUGAUUCAAGGUUACCAUCAGGAGAAUGAAAAGCUAUAUCUGCAAAUGAAAGCACUCCAAGCUCAAAGCAAACAAAACGAGGAGGCUUUGUUCAUGGAAAACCAGAGACUUCUCACUGAGCUUGCCCUUACGAGAGACCGGUUGAACAUGAACAGCUUUCAGAGAACCGUCGGAGGGAGAAGCAUUGCUGACCAAAGCUUCAGCAUUGCAGAGUUGACAAGUCAGGUACAAGCUGCACAGAAAAAGGAGGAACGAUUGCAAGAUGAGAUCCACAGGUUAAAACAGGAGAAACAAGCCCUGCAUGUAGACCUGGAGAUAAUGAGGAAAGAGCGAGACCUUGCCAGAGUUCAGGCUGUCUGUACUUCAGGUGAUAAAGGUUUCGAGCUAAAGAUGCUCCAGGAAAAGCACCGGGAGGAGGUUGCAGAGAUGAAGAAAAGACUGCAGUGGUAUGCUGAGAACCAGGAGCUACUGGACAAAGAUGCAUCCAGACUCCGAGCCGCCACCGCUGAGACUCAAAGGCUCGCUGAGCAGGUGGAAAAGCUAAAGAUGGAGGUCAGCAAGAGGGCCAAUGAGCAACAGAGAAAGACAAAGGAAAGGGCGGGUGAAGCUAAAAGAAUCCAGGACCUGGAACGACAGCUCAAACAGAUGGAAGAGCUCUUGAAACAGAGGCAUCCAAACUCCCUGCCAGCCCUGAUCUUGGCCGCUGCGUCUGCCGGUGCAGAAGUUGGUGGAUAUGACGUCCAUCCCCCAACUGCCCCUCAGUCCUCCCAGACAGCGGCUCUUUUGGAGAGACGUGUACAUCGACUGGAGGCAGAGCUAGAGGGCCGGGAUGAAGCAGCCAAACGCAGUCUAAGAGCAAUGGAACAACAGUAUCACAGAAUCAAGCUCCAAUAUGAACAGCAGAUCACAGAUCUGGAGCAGCGUUUGGCUGAGAAGAACCAAAACAAUCAGGCCAUCUCAUCAGAAUUGUCUGAAUCACAAACUCAGAGGUUAAAGGCAGAGCUGGAGGAAGUGAAGAUGGCCAAUCAGAAGCAAGAGAGCACCCUCCAGGCAGAGGUGGCCUCUCUGCAAGAACAGCUCCGCCAGGCCCAAGCUUUGACGCAAACAGACAAGCCUGCUCGCAGCCCCUCACGUCACCAACUCAAUGCAGAGGCGGCACAAGCAACCCGCAUCGAGAGACUAACCCAAGAGCUGAGCUCCAAGAGCCGCACCAUUCAGGAGCUGAGUCGCACUGUAGAGCGUCUGCAGAGGGAGAGGAAAACCAUGCUGACGGGUCCUGGCUUCGAUCGUGAUGAGCCCAAGCGACAUUUGGGUUCAGCCAAAGAGCCCAAAAAAAAUGCAGCCGAGACUUUCCCCCCUACCCAAGAUGAGAAAGACUACCAUCCCGGAGCGUUCUCGGGAUCACACAUCUCAGAGGUGCAACUGGAGAAUGAUAGUUUGAGGAUGAGAUUGGAACAACUAGAGAUGCAUAGAGAUCAGGAAAAGGUUUCUUUGCAGGCUGCAGUCACACAUUCACAGAAUCAGCUCCUCAGGAUUCAGGAGCAGAAUUCUGAGCAGCUUGCCUCGGUCAAGGCUGAGCAUCAAAGAGAGAUUGAACGCCUUCUAGCGUGCCAUGCCCUUGAUCAUUCCUCCUCCAAAGUGGCUGAACUCAGCAAUCAAGUGAACACACAGGAGAUCAUAGUGCAGCAUUUACAGGGGCAAGUAAAGGAGCUCAAGGGAACCAAAGAUGCUCUGGCUGUGUCUAAAAUCAGAGAGGAAACCCUGCAGAAUCAGCUGUCUAAGCUUCUGGAAGAGCUGAAACAGGCCAAAGAAGCCCACAGUCCUCAACUAAGACACUUCACUAGCCUGGAGCAGAAGAUUCAGUCCAUGGAGCUCCGCUACCAUCAGCGUGAGAAACAGCUUCAGCAGGUGAUUGCAGACACACGGCGGGUGGUGGAACAGGAGCAGCAGGGUGAGGUGGAGCGCUGGAGGAGACUCGCUCACGGCAGGGCUAAAGAGCUGGAUGCCUUCAGACUGGAGCUGGACUCUAUACUGGAUGUGCUCCGAGAACUCCAGAGACAGGGUGUAGUCAUCCCCAUCCCCGAACACACCUCCACCACUACACACACAUACCUGCCUCUCCGAUCCUGAGCUCCCUUUGCACCACUUAAAACUUUUUCUUCUUUUUUUUGUAAAGAUUAUUUAAUUGUUGUCAAUGAACAUGCUGGGUAUGUAACAUCAAAUACAAGAUAUGUGGUGUUAGUAAUUGUAGCACAAAUCCAAAUGUUAUUUUGUAUUAAAGUUAAUUAUUAUGUGCACAA